CUACAGUACUUACUAAUAAACAAGCCUCUUCAGCCGUUUGUACUUAUAUAAAAAGACGUAAUGAUAAAUGUUCAUUUAGUGAGUUUAUAGACCUUUAUCAGGGAAUAAUUAUAGAUUCUUCACCGAAUACUGAUGACUGGAGUGGUUUAGAGUCGACAUGGCAAAGAAGAUUCUUAAGAGCUGUAAAGGAUAUUAUUCCAGAUAAGUAUGAUGAUAUAUUUGCAAAGGGGUAUUCGGUUGUCGUACUGGCCCAAGUGAUGGUAGUUGCGCUUCUGAUUGAUCGUCGUAUUGAUCUUGAAGUGAAAUUGGAAACGUCGAAAAAGUCUUUAAUGGAUUAUUGGCAAAAUAUUAUCAAUGAAAAAGGACAAAUUUCUGUAAUAAAUAAUCAUAUAUUUGGUAGUCUAAAGAUAUUGGAUGUAACGGCUAAGCGUAACACAGACACAAUCAUUUCAAAAGUCUCAAAUCAUAGUUUGUAUAAAGAUCAAAUAGGAGAAAAAAGCCCAUUAGAUCUUGAGAGUGUUGAUAAUAGUGACAUUGCAGAUACUACUACCCGUUAUGGAAAACGUUCCUCAGAAUUGAUGUCAAAUGUUGUUUUAGCUGAUUCUAAAAGAAGCAAG